CACCUAUCGACUGAUGUGUGACGUACAGAUUGGUACUAUUGUACGACCUCCAGCAUUUAGUUUUUGGAUAUACACAGCGAGUCGUAAACACAUCGUUCACUUCAGAAAUUAAGCGGACGUUUUUUUAACGUAAAUCAGGACGUACUGCUUGUGGAAAUAUUUCCUUUGCCGACUUGAAAUAUUUGAAAUCGGGCGCGCUGGGAAUCACAUGCGAAAGUUUGGGAAUGUUGGGAGUCACACAUAAUGUGUGUGUUCAUUGCUGAUGGUUAAAAUACAGUUAAACGCCAAUGAAGGAUGUUUUGAGUCGUGUCGCCCGGCUUUCUCGCCCGGUUCAACUCUGCCACAUGUUUGGCAAUCGAAGACUUCAAAGGAAUGCGACGUAAAGAUUUACGACGUCAAGUUGGAAACUGGAUUAUUUGUAUCAGCAUUAUUAAGAAGUCUGCGUAGGAAAUAAACUCAGAAACUACACGGAUCUAUGUCAGAUCUAUAUAUGGCGGCAAACGUGUAUAGGCGGUUUUCUGAAUAAGCGCAUUGUGCAAUGGGGAGUCAGAGAAACGGGUUCAGCAAAAGAGAGACUUUCAUACUUUCUGUUGACGUAGGAACAACCUCGAUAAGAUGCCAUGUGUACGAUAAGAGUGCCAACAUCAGAGGAUCAUGCAGUGCAAAAGUGUCCCUUCUGUAUCCUCAAACUGGAUGGGUGGAGAUUGACCCUGAAGAGCUUUGGACGGCGUUUGUCACGGUAGUGAAAGGAGCUGUACAAGACUCAGGUUUACAGAUGUGCCAAAUGGAAAGUCUUGGCAUCUCCACCCAGAGGGCAACAUUCAUGAACUGGGACAGUAACACAGGAAAGCCUUUUCAUAAUUUCAUCACCUGGCAAGACAUGAGGGCAGUAGAGUUGGCGAAAACGUGGAACAGGUCUUGCACUAUGAAGACGGUACAUGGUGUGAUGAAGAUACUGCACUUCCUCACCAGACAGAAGCGGUUCCUUGCAGCCAGCCUGGUUGUUUUUUCCACCCAGCAUGUGUCUCUGCGCCUUGUCUGGGCAUUGAAUAAUUUCCCUCAGUUAAGACAGGCAAUUGAAGAUGGCAACUGUUAUUUUGGGACCAUAGACACCUGGUUGCUUUACAAACUUACUAAAGGCACGGUGCAUGCAACAGACUACUCUAAUGCCAGUGCAACAGGAAUAUUUGAUUCAUACCAGAUGUGUUGGAGUGGAUUUCUGUGCUCGCUGCUUUCUAUACCUCUCUCAAUCCUCCCCAGGGUGGAGAACACAAGUCACAAAUUUGGCUCAUCUGAUCCAUCCAUAUUUGGAGUACCCAUCCCAAUCAUGUGUGUUAUGGCGGACCAACAGGCAGCCAUGUUUGGAGAAUGCUGUUUUGACACGGGUGAUGUGAAAAUCACAAUGGGAACGGGGACCUUUAUGGACAUUAAUACGGGAAGCAAACCACAUACGUCUGUGGCUGGUCUUUAUCCUCUGGUGGGCUGGAAGAUUGGUGCUGAAGUUGUGUAUCUGGCUGAAGGUAAUGCUGCUGGAACAGGUGCUGCCAUUAAAUGGGCACAGGAUCUAGAGCUUUUUUCUGAUGUGAAGGAGACAGAAGCCAUAGCCACUAGUGUGGCAGACUCGGAUGGAGUGUAUUUUGUGCCUUCUUUCAGUGGCUUACAGGCCCCCUUGAAUGAUCCAAAAGCAUGUGCUUCUUUCAUGGGCUUAAAACCUUCAACAACCAAAAGUCACCUGGUCCGAGCAAUUCUAGAGUCUAUUGCAUUUAGAAAUAAGCAGCUAUUUGAUGUCAUGCUUCGAGAAACACGUAUUCCCAUCACUAAAAUCAGGGCAGACGGAGGUGUAUGUACUAAUGACUUCAUCAUGCAACUGACAUGCGAUCUACUGGGACGGAAAAUAGCAAGGCCUAGUCACUUUGAUAUGUCCUGCCUUGGAGCUGCUUUUGUUGCAGGGCUAGGAACAGGCUACUGGAGGAACAAAGAGGAGCUCAAGAAGAUACAGUCCACUGACCAACAUUUUCUUCCUCGAUGGAAUAAAGCAGACAGGGAUAAGGGAGGGCAAUACAGAAGUGGACUUCAGAGCUGGGAGAGAGCUCUGCAGCGGUCCAUGCACUGGUACAACCAGCCCUGAAUAACUACAAGUCAUCACUAUGUAGUAGACCAACUCCAUGUUCAUGUGAUCAGCUGUGGGGCAAUUCAUAGUAACAAUUCGAGUAACAAGUCUCUUACUAAGAAAAACACUUGAAUGGCAUCCAAACUGGAGCUCUAGUUUGGAAAUGUGCACAUCAUAAGUUAUGGUAUUAUUAUGACAGGUGGCAGGCUGCUUUAUGUCCUACUUUACGUCCUACUUUAUGCCAAGAAUCUAUAUGUGGUAUUUUGACUUUGCCAAUCAGUAAUUCAGCAAAUCAGUCACUGUGUGCCUUUAUCUAACUACUGUAUUUUUUUUUAAACUCACAAUGUACCUUUAUUGGGGUGCUUUUAUACAAGAAAUGGUUAUUCAUCUCCCACAAUACAUUUUCUCACCCUAGAGGAAAUCUAGUUGUUUACAUAGAGGUGAGAAUUUAAAAAAAACUGAGCUCUCUAACUUUUAAUUGAUAUAACGGUUAUUGUGCUUCCAUUAGUAUAAUGGAAUAAUUUAUCUAAGAAUUAUUGUCUUCGUUUUCUUCUUAAUUGGGUAUGUUUAUAUUGUGCAGGUUAAAUGUGUUUUUAAUAUGUACCUUUAAUAAUGUACCUCAUUAUGCAAAAUGCUGCAGAAAGGAGAAACUGAAGUUUAUUUUCACCGUGUGAUCAAAGCAUUCAACCUGCUAUACUUGCUUUGGCAAAAACUGUGCCACAGUUGACAGUAUGAACAGUGAGUCAAUGGCAUAUAAUGUCAAGCAUUUAAUUAUAGCAAAUACGUGACUGUGAAACUGUAACAUAACUGUUAUUAUCUCAAAGAAUGAAAAGGCAGACUAAUUUGUGUUUUAUUAAGUAAAUGUCAAAGAACUGUUAAUGUCACUGUUUUAUGUCAGUUUGUAAAAAUUAAACAUUUUAAAUGCU